GACGCUCUUUUUCGAAGAGUACAGGGGGCCGGAGGGGGGUGCUAGUCACGUGACCCGCCGCGAAGCUCGGGUUCUCUCUCCCGUCCCGCGUGGGAUUCUGGGUGCAUGAAAUAUUAAAAUAGCGAGCGACGACGUUGCAGCAGGUGCUGCUCGCGUGCGCGGAGCUGUUACGAAGCGACGGUAGCGAGUUGGGUUCCGUUAGAGGGGUCGUUGGCUACAAGCAGGCCAGUGCUUCGUGUGCCUCCCAGGGUGGGGAAAGAUGGCGAGCGACUGGCCUCAGACUUCCAGGGUGCCCAGUUUUGCCCAAAUGUUAAAGAAGAACUUGCCCGCACAGCCGCCACCUCCGGCUUCUGUUCAGCCUUCGGCUCACUUAUUGCUCCAGCCAGAAGAUGCAAAAUUGAUGCCUUCCUCUAUAGAGACGUCUAGUCUAACAGGCCUUGCUUCAAAGGUCACUCCUAUCACAGGUAUAGGGCAGGUUUGUGACUACCAGUAUUCCAAAACAGUUGCUGUUCCAAUCACUUCACUUCCUCCAAAGAAGAUUCCAAAAGAAUUUAUCAUAAAAUAUAAACGAGCAGAGAUAAACCCAGUGUCAGCGUUGUAUCAAUUUGCACAGAUGCAGCGUGUACAGCUUGAAUUAAAGGAAACUGUGGCAACAGGUAAUCUCUUGGGAGCUUACUUUGCUUUCUGUGCUGUGGUGGAUGGUAUUCAGUAUAAGACUGGAUUGGGACAAAACAAGAAAGAAUCAAAAUCAAAUGCAGCAAAACUUGCCCUUGAUGAACUGUUGCAGUUGGAGGAGACGGAACCAAAAGCUCUAGAAAACCCAGGUCCUCCCAGGAACUUUGCAGAAGCCACAGCUGUAACAGAAUCUCAAACAGCUGAAACUGGUUAUCUUUCGAAGAUUCCAUAUGAAGGACGACGUUUUGCUUAUGAAAAGCUUUCUCAAGUUGUCAAGGAAACAUUCAGCAGCUUGACUGCUAAUUAUCCAGAAUACCAAAGUUGUAGCAGUUCCCUGGCUGCCUUCAUAAUUGGAAGAGCUAGACACCAUGAAGUGGUAGCUAUUGGAACAGGCGAAUUCAAUUAUAGUCAAUGUUUUCAACCUGAUGGCAGAGUAUUGCACGAUACUCAUGCUGUUGUUACUGCAAGACGUUCUCUUCUUAGGUAUUUGUAUAGACAGCUCUUACUCUACUACAGUAAAAAUCCUGCUAUGAUGGAGAAAUCUAUAUUUUGCAUUGAACCAACUUCAAAUCUGCUUGCACUAAAACCAAAUGUAAAUCUGUUUCUCUACAUGAAUCAGUUGCCAAAAGGAUCUGCUCAGAUAAAGUCUAAGCUACGUCUUAAUCCAAAUUCUGCAUCUGCAUUUGAAGCUGAUGAGGAGCUGUGUCUGCAUGUUGCUGUUGAAGGCAAGAUUUAUCUCACAGUCUAUUGUCCUGCUGAGAUUACUAGAGUAAGCAGCAUGUCUGCCAGCGAUAAACUAACAGGAUGGGAAGUCCUGGGUGUUCAGGGAGCCUUGCUGAGUCACUUCAUUCAGCCAGUUUAUGUUAGUAAGAUCAUUCUUGGGGAUGGGAACUGCCAUGAUACACGAGGAUUAGAAAUAGCUAUCAAGCAACGUGUAGACGAUGAACUCACUUCAAAACUACCCAUGUUCUACCUGGUGAACAGACCUCAUAUUAGUUUGGCAACUGCUGCUUACUCUGUACAGGCAGACUUGGAACAUAGGUCUCUUAGUGUGAAUUGGUCCCAAGGAGAUACAUCAUUGGAAGUGGUAGAUGGGCUAAAUGGAAAGAUAACUGAAAGUUCACCCUUCAAAAGUGGUAUUUCAAUGGCAAGUCGUCUUUGCAAGGCUGCAAUGUUAAGUCGUUUCAAUUUAGUUGCUAAAGAAUCAAACAGAGAUGAUUUAUUUAAAGCAAGUACAUACCAUGAAGCAAAGAUGAUGGCUGAGUCCUACCAAAGAGCAAAAUAUUUGCUGAAAACCUACUUAGAGCAGCAUGGUUACGGCUCCUGGAUUGUGAAGUCUCCACGUAUUGAACAUUUCAGUAUGUGAAGGUUAAUAUAUUGGUGCUUGGACUUGUUGAAGUAUACUGCUUCUUGAUGAUCAGGCUUCUUUCACGUCUUGGUUGUGGAUCACUGCUGUGCAACAGUGUUGGCUGCUGAAAGGAAUGGUAUAUAAGCUAACUUGUUGAAAUGUGCAGGUUAUUUUUAUUGCUAAUAGUUUUGCCAAUGUAAAUACUUGACAUUAAAAAUAGUUUUCUGUAUUUGCAAUAUAUUUUUAAAUAGUUUCUCAGGUACAUUGGCUAUGAUGCAUCAUAAGAAGUGAAUGUGAGUGAGAAGUGAAGAAUUGUGUGACUGACAACUCAGUCUUUUGCUGUGAUCAGCACCAUAUUAUGUAGAGCAGGGCUGCUCAACUUCAGCUCGCCUGCAGAUGUUGGCCUACAACUCCCAUAAUCCCUGGUUAUUGGCCACUGUGUCUGGGGAUUAUGGGGGUUGUAGUCUAAAAGCAGCUGGGGGACCUAAGUUGAACGGGCCUGAUAGCGGUACUGCAAACUUACCAUACCAUGUAAUCUGCUUUUUGAAAGGUUAGCUGUUCUGAAAACCUCUGUGUUCCUUGUUAAUUUCAAAAUUUUGUGGAUUAUAUCCUUUGUGGGCAUUUAAGUUUUAAAUCUUGAAGAAACUACUAGAAUUAAACUUCUGAUAGGAGGAAAACUCCAUAAGUACAUGCUGAACCAAAUACACAAACUAUUUUUUAAAAAAUCUGCAGAUGCCAGAGACAGUUGGGCAAUUUACAAACCAACCCCAGUAUUGUGUGUAUCUUUGCAUAUGAAAACUUGGAAAUUAUCAGGGAAAUGCUUAAUUUUGAGAUUCAGCACUUUUCAAAUGAUGUCUUGUCUACUAAUAAAGGAGUUAGAUGAAAAAUUGGCAUAAAGACUGAAAACUAUAGUUUUUAGUUAGACAUUGUUUUUCUUUUCUUUUUUUAAGUUGGCUAAUUUAACAUAGCCGGGAACUAGUUUGGAAUGCCCCAAGCUCAAAGAUUGUACUAUUACCAAAAAGACAUUCAAAUAGCACCGAAGUCGGAAAUGGGCAAACUAGUUGCUGAAACAAUAUUUUAAAAUUUUGUGCUAUUUCUUAAAUUUCAUCUUCAAAAGGUAUUGGCUUAUACCUUUAAAGCACAUCAUUUGGAAAACUGUUCAUUAUAUGCUGGCUAAGCCAUUUAAGAGUCUUUAAAGCUAAACUUUGUACUAAAUAGGGUCUCUUUCAUAUGCAGUGGCAUCUGUGUGGACACAACCAAGAAACACAUAGCAGCGACUCUGUACAGCCAUAAUGUAUGAAUGGCUCACCACAUGGAUUUAGCCAUACUGUGAGGAAAGUCUUUAUGCCAGUACCACACACAAUUGUGUUUGCUUGUAGUAGCACACAAGACUCUCCAUGCAAUAGUAUGUGCCCAGUUACUUCCACAUGGCUACCACUGACAAUGAGACUGACUUUUACUGUUAACUCUUUAAAAAUCUUGGAAUUGGGUCUUGGAUUUAGGUAGCUGGGGCUUUGAGUUUGACUGUGUUUUCCAGUAAUUAAGUUUGUAUGUAUCAGAAUAAAUGUAUAAUACCAUGACUCUCAGUCUGAAUAUUGGAUUGGUAAAAUACUGUUUUCCAGUAAAACUUUGUGUUUUUCUAUGAAUUGUGACCUUACCAGCCACAUUCAUGGCUGAAAGGUAGGAAGGAACAAAGUUUCUAGAAGAUAGGCUGGCCCUUUUGCCUACCCUUUUUCUCAGACUGCUUUAUGCUACAAGAAAACUGGAGUGUGGAUAUUCAUCGCUUUUCAAAACUAAUUUUUUCAACAUGCUUGUAUCAUAAGCACAUAUUUCACUCCUGCAGUGUCCUCAUGUGUACAACUUAAUGCACCCAUCAGCUGUUAUUAACACAUUUUCCUAAUAUCAACAACUUGCCAGGCAUUUUCAGGACACAAUUGAUGUAAUUCCUGCCCAGUAAUAGUUUCUAUCACUCUUCAUUUGAUUAUGGAGGUGGGCAGGAGAGGUUGAGGAUUGAGCAAAUGAGCAAAAGUAGAGAAGGCCAUGCUGAACUGGCUCUUGAGGAACAGGCUUAAUGGAGAAGGAAUUAACUUCCUGGAAAAACCUGGCCCAGCAAAAGGCAUUUCAGUUCUGUGUAGCUUCUUAAGUUUAGGGCUUAUCUUAAGAAAGGCAGCAUAUAAUGCUGCAAUACAAAUAAUGAGCAGUAUGGGGAAAGUUUAAAGCAAAGGAAGAAAUAUAAAGCCUGAUGCACAGUAAUUGUCAUGCUCAAUUUUUUAAAAUUGCUAUUGUAGCAUCAGAUCAUAAAACCAAACCACAUACUUGCUCAACGUAUUUUGAGCUUUGGCCUUCAAUAUAGUGAUAUUAUACUUGGAGCACACUUUAGAAAUCUCCUGUGCUACAAAGAGCAGCCAGCUUGUUGCAGUGUCUCCAGUAUGAAUUCUUCAUUCUUAAGAAAAAUGGGGAAAGAUGCUUGAAGGGUGGGAGACUCAUGUUAAAGAACUUCACAAAAUUUGCUGGGUUUGCAUAUAAAUAGUAUUCUAGUACUAUUUCAGUACCAUCUUGGGAUGAAUGCUCAUACUGAAAUGUGAGCACCAUGGCAAGGAGAGCAAACGGGCAUGUCAUGUUGCCUGCCAUAGUGUGUUAUAAUGUUGCUGUGCUAAUGCACCACAAUGGGCUGGUGGCAAGGAGGGCGGGCAAUGGGGAUAGGGAGUGCCCACUUGCUUGCUGCUUCACUCCCACUCACAGGGCAGCCUGUAACCUGGGACCAGCUUGUGUACCUGGCAGGCAGGCAGGCUCUGGAUAUGAUUACUCAUUUCUUUUAGAAGUGUGUGUUUUAGGAUACUUUGUUAUGACUGGAAGAAAGAGUCGCUUUCUGUUUGUUCUGCCUUCUCCUUGCCUUUCCCUUUCCACCUUCUCUUUCCUUCUAUUUGUCCUUCUUCUUUUAUCUUGUGUUUUCUCUUUCCACCUCCCUAUAUCUCUCCUUCUCAGAGUGACUGAAUGUUGGUCUCCUAACCACUGCCAACUUCUCUUCUCCCUUCUUUCAACUGGCUCCUGCCUUCUGGAGCAUUCCUUUUGCCGUGGAACAUUUAUUUGUUUGGUUGCAGUCCCUUUUGCUCGUGUGUGUGUGUGUUUCUUUCUUUCCCCCAAGCCAGGUAAAUUUGCUAAAACCAAGCAACUGUCUACAUUUUUAAAAGGGGGACACUUCAAACACAGACUCAAACUCAUUAUCACAUUUUGUCAGGGCUUUCUGGUAGUAAAACGAUCCAUGGUACAACAAAUUCUAACUAAUAUUAAGUACUGUUGUAUAAAUAUAAGCCUAGGGACUGGUAUUGUGAUUCACUCUGUAGAAAAUAGAUAGCACAGAUCCUGCCAGCUGUCCAUUAUGGAACACUAAGUGGUAUACCUAGGGUUGCAAGGUGGGCUUUCAGUCUGCUCAGAUUUGCUUAGUUUCAACAAAGGUGCUUUAUCAUGUGCCUUCAGAUACACUGAUAAUCUGGAUUCAAAAUAUAUGAGGGCAUAUAGAACAGUCUUUUUAUUACUUAUAAAGAGCUGCUUAUAUUGAAUUAUAUGCCUUCUAUAGCAAAACUCUACCCAACCCAGUCCUGCUAUGCUGCCCCAUCGUGGUGGGGAGGCCUGCUAUGCUGCCUGAUUAUGGUGGUGGAGUAUUCCUGGGAGUGAAGUACUGUAGCAAUCGGUCCUCCCUUACCCUAAAGAGUGAACCAGAAGUGAACCUUGUCCAGACUGACAGGCUAUGGAACAGCCACUCAGCAUAUAUGGUGGGCGGGACCUAGAGGGCCUUGCGGCAGGAAGAGAAGUUUGUCUUGGUUCUCAGAAGGAGCUAGGAGGGAGAUAAGAGAGGACGGGUGGAAGGCUUAGUAAGUAGCAGUAAUGGAGCUUUUGCUGCCUCAUGGUCAAAAGCUAGCCUGAAGAAUUCUCUCAUGGAAGGACAUCUGCAGAUCCUUGGGAGACAGGAUUGCAGGAAGCUUGAAAUCUGUCCUGGAGUUUGGGGUCAGUUCAAGGGGGAAGGAAGCCAGGGCUUUGGGGCUUCUGAAGAGUUUAGCGAGGGAACAGUUUGGUAGUUAGCUCGUGUUAGAUUUCUUUCUUUUUGUGCUUUGCAAAUCCUUACAACUAGUUUAUUGUGUUUUUAAAUUUGUAACAUAACAAACUAAGAGAAACUGAGCUUCUGCCCUUUCUUUCCAUCUAGGGCGUUGCAAAAGUCUCUGUAGACUCCCAAAGGUGCUUUUUGGUAUUUUUUUACAUUUAUGUUCUUUGCAACUGGGUAACCACCAUUUAAGUAUGCUGCCCCAAUAUCAUCUGAGGGUGAUUUUUGAUGUAUUCUUGCAAGUACUGAGUGUUUCUGUUACCUGUAACUAAAAGCUGAGAGAGCCUCAGACUGAAGUAGUCUAGUAUUUUGAAUAAAGUUUUUUCUCUUUUUGUUCCUUGUAA